GGCUGUUUACGAAGAAAGCUGGUUCCUCGGACAAAAACAAGGGCUGGGACUCUAGCGAGGAGCAGUGCGCCUGAUGCACAUCUAGCACAGGCUCGUCGUCCAUUUUAUACAAUUCGCUUGUGUAUUUAAUAUCUUUGUAUCGUUUAGUUUUUUUUAGAGGAAAAGCAAAGUAGCUCACCUUGUUUAUGUCGUUUUAUUCAGCCCGCAAACUCUUCAACAUGUUGUUCUGCCUGCACGCCGUGUUCCUGAGCGUGGCCAUGGUGGCGAGCAGCGCGUCAGAUGGAAAUGACAAAGAUUGCAUAAGAUCCAACGGUGUGGAGUACAGAGGGGAACAACACAGCUCCUCCUCGGGUCUGACCUGUCUCACCUGGACCAACACCAGCAGAGCCUACGAGGUGGAACUCCACCCUGUUUCACAGACCGUUGUGGGAGAUCACAAUUACUGCCGAAACCCAGACUCCUCUGAGAGGCCUUGGUGCUACAUUGCUGGCCCAGAUGGGGCAAUCCAGAGAGAAUUCUGUGCAAUUGACACAUGCAAAGAAGAAGCCUCUAUUGUACCAACGGAGGCAGACUCCCUCCAGCCAGCAGGAAGCAGUCCCUCCACUGAGAGCUCUCAACCAGCCAGGUCAGGGGCCGCGCAGGGGAAAGUGGCUGCUGUGCAGCCAGUGAUGGGAAUCAGCCAGCGAGUGCGCACAGGACCCACAAAGAAAAAGGACCUUGGCACGCUCGGCUACGUCGUCGGCAUUCUCAUGAUGGCGAUCAUAAUCAUCCUCGGAGUAGGCAUCACAUUUGGCUACUUCUAUAAGAGGGGUUGGGACUUAAAGAAGCAGCAUGAGCAGCGAGUGUACGAGCGCGAGAUGCAGAGGAUCACCCUGCCGCUGUCGGCCUUCUCCAACCCCACCUGUGAGCUGGUGGAUGAGAACACCAUCGUGAUCACAGCGGAGGACGAGACGACCCCCGGCCAGGACGGCGGGGAGGGCGUGGACCCUCUCAUGGGCCUGCAAGCCGGUACCCCCGGAGCAUGAGCAGGCGCGUCGUCCUCAGACGCAGGACUGUAAUUCAUUUUUGUGAACCAAAACACUUCUUUGUUUCUCCCUCCUGCCUCCCUGAGCACCCUCUGUUUUAAAAGGAGAAGGGGAGCAGUGUUCGCUCCAGAGACUGAAUGCUGUGUCUUUUUGCGUCCCCUUCCCAGUGUUUUCUAUACAUCGGAGGCACACAAAAAUAAGCUGUGGAAGACAGUCCGGACAACUCAAAAUCAUUGUGGUGGAUCUGUUGUUAAUGAAGAUAUGACAUGAAGUCUUUAAUAUUCACUUUUGAUACUUUUGAUAGCCAAGAAAAGGCCAUGUGCUGUCCCCUUAAAUAACAGUACGGAUAUCUCGUUAAAUGGACUUCCUAGUGUUUAUAUUGUGUGUAAUGAAACUAAUUAUUUCAAAAGAGAUGGUGUUCCGAGAUGGUGUUCAUAGUUCAUAGCCUUUUGUUUCCCCCUAUGUUCCCAUGGGGGGGGGGCAGUGCUCUCCACAGGAGCUUUCAUUCACAUUGACCUGUUGGCUGGGAGACGCAGAUAAGAAACUUGUGUCAAAAAAAAGACUGCUUUGUCUUGGAGACACGCUGGGGACACAGAUGUGUCCAAAAAUAUGCUCUUCUGAGACGGGAUGGGGGGGAAAUGAGGUAAAACCGUCCCACUAAAGAAGAAAGGAAGUCCUCCAACUCUGCCUUAGCAUGAUACUUCUGAAUGUAUUUGUUCUUCUUGAAACUAGAUGAAUUUAUCUUUUCUCUUUGUACUCGACUGACGGACCAACGUGGUUACAGAGCAUCGGCAGACGGGAGAGGACUUCUUCCUCAGCUUAGGGAACGACAGGAAAUAUACGGCGAGCUCUCAGGGAGCGUGAGAGACAGCCGAUGGUCGUCAGGACGACACAGAACCGGAAGAAGAAACGGUCUUUGCAGAGCGGUACAGCGAGUGUUGAUGCGGUAGUCCGGUGGUUAGAUACCGACAUUUGAGUUAUGCACUUGACGCUUCAGGAGAGAGAGAGCGAGAGAGGGCGUGGAAUAGAAACAGUCCGAGGUUUGCUGUUCAUUCAAACACAUCUGUGCAUGCACAUGGUUACCUGCUGUAUGUUUGUCUUCAGGGCCAUAUUUCUGCAUCUUGAAAAGUAGAACUACUGAUUAAAGACGUUUUAGAAAAAAACAUGCCUGGAAAUAGAAAUAAUCGUACGCAGAAGACUUAGUUACACGCGAUGCAGUUACUUCCGAGUGUAAAUAUGUUGUUUAUCACUCCAUUAUUCCACAUGAUCUUGUUUUGUGAUUAUUGCUGGAUCCGUGUCACGGAUAAUCUCGGGUAACUGCUGCUCCAAUAUUUGUGUCUGUAUGCUGAUUAUUUCUUUUUUUCUUCGUAUAAGCAACAUGUUCAAAAGUGCUUAUGUUCACGGCUGAGACCGAAAUAAAACAAACUUCACCACU